AUGGCAGGUUACAUCCAGAACGUAGUGGCAACUCCACUACAUGCCGUUGCCGAGCCUAACAUUGCUCUGGCCCAUCUGAACUUUGAUUUUUCAUUGGUCAAAGUCAAAGCGCCUGCCGAACUCCAACCCGUGGGAAGACAGCUUUCUCAAGCCCGACGACAGUCCGCAGAAGAUGGUUCAUUUCAUAUUCUGGCCCGACGCCUGGGUGUGUUAUUUGACGAUGUUCUGCCAGACGUGCCUGUCUUAUUGGAGGCUUAUGGGACUCGUGCUAGUGAAAUUGCCCAGGAGACUUCCCAAAGAUUACACCAGCCGAAGAAUAUUGUAAACGGGUUCUUUGGCACUCAUCUAGGCAUUGAUAGCACGACAAUAUGGGCUAGUGCAACGAGUGGAAGGUCUGUGCUUCGCAUUCAUCUCCUUGCCUGUUUUCUGGCCCGCAUCUGGACUCAUCAAGAGGCAACGGGGGUUUGGAAAGAAAUUGUCACUCAUCGCCAGGCAAUCAUCAGAAAACAAGCUCAGUCAUCUGAGAUUGUGGAUAACUACUUGGCGCAAUUAGCUGCCGCCCAUGAUGUUGAUGAAGCGCUAUUAGCAAGCUGGGAUUCCAGUGCACGGGCGUGGUUACAAAUUGCAGACCAAGCGAAGAAGAAAGAGCAGAUCCAAGUUCAAUUGAUCGUCAACAACCGUUCAGUGGCAGUAAAGGACCAAGAUCCUUCGGAUGAUCGGCCAUCUACAAAGCCAAACAGCUAUGACAGUGUUCUGUAUAAUUUCAACAGCGCCUUGAUUGCGAUGGAAAGCCUGAUCAAAGGGCAACCCCAAAGAAUCACAGACGGGGGAAUCAUGCUUGCCUUGACCUCGUGGCAUCUCUAUCCAGACCUGGUUAUACUCACAUCAAGUACCAAGGAGAUAUUUCAGAAAGACCGGCUGGUCAAAGAAGGUGGAAUAGUCACCAUUGCAAUCGCUCCUCAAACUGGCCCGCGUGCAGAUGGAGUAUAUUGGUCUUUGCCACUGGCAAGUCUUCGUUACUACGGCACUGUUCGACGAGAACGAUCCACGAUGCAUGACUCGAGAAUCUCAGUGGAACAACUACAAGCCUUAGCGCUUGGUGCCUCUUUGGGCUCCUAUGAUGGUGCAGUUUCAGCUGCCAAAUUCAUAGGGUCACUCUGGAAGCUCUUUUACCAAAUAUACCGACUAAGAAUGAACCAGAUCGCCGAGAAACCGCUGGAGCUCCCCGAAGACUUAUCACGGUAUAGUGUGGUCGAUCUUAUCGUGGAUGAUCGGGAGUCAUUCAGGGCAAUAAUGAAACUGCUACAGCUGAUAUUCUCCCUCAAGGGUGGCAUAGAAUUGCUGCUCUCGAAUGAUUCCGAGGAAAGACAAAUCGCAAUGCAACUCAUGCGAUACGGCGCCAACUAUGGGAGGUCAUGGAUUGGAAAUGAUGGAAACUCAUCAUCGGCGUUUCUUGGUCUAACGAACUUGCAAUUCCUGCUCGGAACGAUUCGAUACUCAGGUGAAAGAAUCAAUAUUCUUCGCACACUAUGCUCCAAGUAUCAGCUCGACCCGUCUGAUUAUGUGAUUCGCUUCCGAACUCGGCACAACUCGUGGGCCUUUUCGCCUAUAUCAUCUAACCAUCCCGUGGGUGUUCAUGGUGGUAUGAAAAGGAAGCGGAAUGAAUAUGAAUCAUCGGAUGCAGAAACCAUUGAGUGUGUCCAGGUCCCACCAGGAGAGGACUGGGUGUUCAUUGCUAGCUUAGCGACAUCGAGGGGACAUGCUGUUCAAACCAGCGCACCCGGCGCUUUCGAGGAUAUAUUUGCCGAGCUCAUGGAAGAUAAUCCGCAGACCAGGGAAUCAGUUCUAUUUGACUUUGCGUUUGGUGAUCAUAACCUAGCAGCUGUUUAUAGAAGGCGAACCAGCCAGUCAUCAUCCCGGAAUGAGACAUUCUCGAACACAAUUCCGCUGUCAUUGGUCCAGGAUCUACUUGAUAGGAAUGUUUUGAUGCCUGAAAAGGUGGUUGGAUGCAUAUUGGACCAAUUCGGAUCGACGCAAGCUCUACAUGUGAACUCACUUCUCGCUCUUGGACGAGUAAUAGAUUACUACAAACGCUCCUUGCCCCAGGCUACGGUAUCCAUGAGUGUUAUAAAGAGCCCUAUGACCUCAUGGAAAUGGGUCCCAUCCCUGCUGCACCCGCUUGAUCUAUCAGCUUCUCUCGCCACACAGCAAGCUCGCGAAGGAUCUGUUCCUAACUCCGUUUAUUUGAACGUGUUGUCUCGACAACACGCAUUUGCAGCCAUCCUCCAGUUUGAAUCCGGUACAAUCAGCCUGGACACAUUAGAUCUCACAGCAGUGUUCGCAAUAUCUAGUGGUAACUCGCUUUUCAUUGCCAAGCAACUACUAUACGACCCAAUCCCGUCAGAUAGAAUUGAGUCCCAUGCUGUUUCCCACGUCAUCGGUAACAUUGGAAAACCAGGUAUUGCUCUCUUGGUUUCCCCACCCGAGUUGGAGAUUCGAGAACACACACUUGAGCGGUGGCGCCUUGUCAACCAUCAUCCAUAUGAUGGAAACCCAGUGGGUGGAAAAUUCGAUGGUACAUCGCUUCAUUUGUCAUUUACUGGAUGGGAUGGGCCUGUGAGCUUGGACUCUACCAGCUAUAGAACCAUGGAAGCCUACUAUCUCCAAACAACCAUCUCCGUCAAUGAUGGCGGGGAGUGGGUGGGAGAUGUGGAUAUCCUCCAAGGACUAACGAAUGUUCAGUUCCUAGUGUAUCCUUUCUCAAGGGAAUCGUGUAAUCACGAUCCUAGCUUCAGAGCAGCAGCGAUAGAAAUGGUGUCCAUCGACUGCUGGGAGGAGAUUCUAGAUCCCCCUGAUGGUGUCCUCGUGCUCCGUUCAACACCGGUAGCACCUGACGGUUCUGAAAGAUGGCAGUGGAUGGUUCGAUUAGCCGCAAUAAGCAUGGCAUCCUCCAAGAAAUUCAAAUGCUUCUGUUUACCUCUCGAUAGAGAAAUUUGCUGGACUUGCGUUGUUGGAUAUCUUGGUGUCGACGGAGAAAAGAAACUUGUCGUCUACUAA